UCCCUCGCUGAGCCAAUCAGCGCGCUGUGCUGGAGCCCGUGCGGAUCAGUGAUGGCGGCUCUGAGCGCUCUGCGGUCGGCGGCGGGUCUCACAGCCCGGCUAUUCCCCCGAACUCGGUCCGGCCCGGCGACCCAGCUCCUCUCCCGGGCCGCGGUUCGGUCUGAGCAAGUUAUUGUGCGUUAUGGAAGUCACGGAAAGAGAAUGUUUGUCAUCAAGCCGACAGACUUCUACGAUAGAAGAUUUCUUCAUUUGAUGAAAUAUUACAUACUGCUGACUGGGAUUCCUGUUGCAGCGUUUGUGACGUUUGUGAACAUUUUCAUUGGUGAGGCUGAGUUGGCUGAGACCCCUGAGGGCUAUGAGCCGGAGCAUUGGGAAUAUUACAAGCAUCCCAUCACCAGGUGGAUCUCCCAUUACAUGUAUGACAGCCCAGUGAAGGACUAUGAGAAGAUGAUGGCGCUCAUCCAUGUUGAAGCUGAGAAAGUUGAGAUGAGAAAACUGAAGUUGGAGGUCCGGAGGCACAUGCGGGAGAAAGGAGACGGCCCGUGGUUCCACUUGGAGACGAUUGAUAAAAGUCUGAUUGAUCAGGGUCACAAGGCAACACCCGAUGAUUAACCGCAGUUCAUUACCUCGGAACUCUCAGAAUCUUGUAAUUAUACAAUGUAUAAUGCAUAUUAAUAUUUGUGCAGGUAUUUGUGUUCUUUUUGCCAUUGGCACCAAAAAUAAAGUGUAAUAAUAUAA